AUGAGUCUGGGAAUCAUGGAAGAGGAGGAUCUGGCCGAGUACUUCCGGCUGCAGUAUGGGGAGCGGCUGCUGCAACUGCUGCAGAAGUUCCCCUCCAUUGAGGAGCAGUCGGAGUCCCCAUCCAUCCGGCUGCUAGAGAAGAAGAAGGAGGCCAAGAUCAUGCACCAUGCCAUGGAGCAGAAGAAGGAGACAUUUAAAUGCAAGAUGGAAGCCAUGAACCUGCGCUGGGAGGAGCUGGGUGUCAAGGAGGCCCAGCUGACAGCCCACAUCCAGAAGUUUGAGCAAUUCAUCCAGGAGAAUGACCAGAAGCGGAUCCGCGCCCUGAAGAAAGCCAACAAGGAGCGAGAACUCAGGAGGCAGCGCAUGCGGGAGCUGGCCAAGGCCAAGCAGGAGAUGGCAGCUCUGCGGCUGGAGCACCAGCGGCUGAGUGCCAAGCUGCAGGACUACUCCAUCUUCAACAAGUACCUGGAGAAGGUGGUGGAGAACUCCGAGAUCCAGCAGUUUAUCCAAGACCUGUCAGACAUCUGGGCAGAGGUGAAGAAGAAGGAACAACAGCAAAUCCGGGUUUAA